CUGUUUGUUUUUAUGCGUUUAGGGUUUAGAAUUUGGAAGACUCCGCCAUCAAUGAGUGGAUCAUUGAAGGAUGUGCAAUUUAAGGAGCUUGAUAACGCGGUCUGGCCCUCGGGGUGUGAGGCUUCGAAGCACAUGGACGAGGUUGAAGCUGAAGAACAGCCUGAACCUUUUUCAGUUUCUGAUGUGCAUUACUCUGCCUUUAUGAAGGAUGGAAAGGUCCUUGAUACAUCAGAGGGUGCAGAUCCAUCUAGUUUGGCCAAUAAAGUUGCUAGGUCUGCUCCUGCUCCUGCCAGCCUUGGGAUAGUCCAAGAGUUAGCAAAAGAAACUGGAUCUUCCCAUGAGCAAAAUCAAGCGCAAAAUGGCCUUGAAGAUGCUUUGAAAAGGCGGCUGCAAAAGCUAAUUGACUCUAAUCGAGUCAUGCUUUUCAUGAAAGGAACCCCUGAGGAGCCCAAAUGUGAAUUUAGCAGAAUGGCUGUUACUCUUUUGAAGUAUUAUGAGGUUGAAUUUGGAAGUUUUGAUCUUCUUACGGACAAUGAAGUCAUGGAGGGGAUACAGAAGUAUUCUAACUGGCCGCAUUUACCACAAAUCUACUUCGAAGGGAGGGCUCGUGGUUUCCGUCACAUAGAAACUUUAAUGAAAGGUUGCCCAAGUGAAUGCAGUAAAGAUGCUUUUGAAUAGAAUACACAAUAGAAAAAGUUGAACAAAAAGCACUCAACUUUUGCGAAAUGUGAUUUUGAUUUUGAUGAAGGAAAAAAGAUAUACUAAGGCAUUUGGAAUGUAAUGUUUUGAUUCUUAAAGGGUGUUUAUU